UCUCUCUCAUCUUCUUCCUCCGACCAUCUUCCGUCCCCACCCGCCUGCGAAUCCGCAUCAAACCGAGCGGAGGAAAAUUCGCACGGAAUCGAGCUCGCUCGGCGCAAUUCCCACUCGAAUUCUCGCCGCCGCCGCCGUCCUCCUCCUCCUCCACCUUCCCCGGAGCGACGGGAGCCGCCGCCGGUUAGGGUUCCGCCGCCGGCGUCGUCCCCCCUCCCGCCUCAGCUCGAGCUCGCCGGUGCUCGCUUCCUCCGCUUCCGUCGGGAGCUGAUUCCGCGGCUCGUUCCGGGCCUUGAAAUUCCCCUUCGAGCUGCGGUCGCGGCGGAGCAUCAUUGCUCGGAGCUCCCGCGAUGCGCGGGCUUUAGUAGCCAUUUGGUGCGUGCCGUGGAGCUUGGGGCCUAGCCGUUGCCGGAGGAGCUUCGUCGUGCUGGAGUGGGAGUGAUGUGGACCAAUGUCUUCAAACUGGUUGGUCUCCAUCAAUUAUCCUGGUUCCAGUUUCUGCCUCUUGAAUCAGAGUUAAACCCUUUACCAGACAGAAGCGUCAAGUCAGAGACAAAGGAUUCUGCUACUUUCUUGGUGCUUUCAUCUCAUCUUCAGUUGCAGAAGAAAGGCUUUCUUAGCACAUGGACUAAUUCAUUUGUGGGACCUUGGGAUCCAUCUCAGGGUUUGCACAAUCCAGAUGAAAAAAUCAAGCUCUGGCUUUUCCUUCCUGGGCGCCACUUAUCUGUUGUCGAGACUGCACAAGCAGCAGUAUCUGGACUAAGAGUUGUGGCAUCUGGACUAUGGUUGGCUCCUGGGGACUCAGAAGAGGUUGCAGCAGCUCUGUCUCAAGCUCUACGGAAUUGUAUAGAGAGGGCACUGAGUGGACUUUCUUACAUGAGAUAUGGAGAUGUAUUCUCAAAGUACAAUCCAUUUCAGAGUGAAGGAAUUUUCAGGAGAGGUCAACCAACAGUGGAAUUUGUCUUUGCUGCCACAGAAGAGGCGAUCUUUGUACAUGCAAUAGUUUCGGCAAAGCAUAUACGUGCCCUUUCAAGUGAUGAUUUGGAGAGAGCAUCGAGGCAUGCUUCUCGCAAUUCUAGCCAUAGACAUCCAGUGAUUGUAUCUCCUAAUGGCAUGCGUGGAAGGCUAAUUGGUGGAUGUCCAAGUGAUCUUGUCAAGGAAGUAUACCUCGGCUCUGGCAAGUCGAAGGCCUCGAGUGGGUUAAUAGGUUUACCGUCUCAUGUUUCUCAAGGUUUUAGUUGCCAACUGAGGGGACAAACUUGUUACGCUGAAGUAACUGUUGGCUGCCCAAUUACUGAAACUGACAAGGCAUUAGCUCAAGGCUCAAAUACUCUUAGAAGCGAAUGCCUUCCUGCAGGAAGAUGCGAUCAGAAGGUCUCUCAGGAUCAUUCAUCAACUUACGAGAAGACAUUUAUAUACCCAAAUGAAGCAGUGCUUGUCCCAGUCUUAAACGCAUCUCUUACCAGAUCUUCAUUGAGAAGAUUUUGGCUGCAGAAUUGGUUAGGGCCAUCACUGAUGGGUUCAUCUUACUUUAUGCAUUGCGGACCACAUAUGGACACUCUCGAGGAUAGCAAUGGAUUACGCACUCAGAAAAGUUAUUAUAGUAGUAGCAAUAGCAAUUCUAGCAGCUUAAGCAGCGUAAGCAGUAGCUCAAGUGAAAGCGACUACAAUAUGACUUCUGCAGCAGGAGAUCUUGAAGCAGAUGCAGACUCAUUGAUAUCUUCUGCUGACUUGCAGAAUGACCGCCAGAAAAUGGGCACAAAACGUCCUAGAUCGAUGAUAACAGAAAUGUAUGGUCAAGUGGACGCUGCUGUUCCUAUGCAAGAAGCAUACAAGUCCGAUUUUGGAUCUUCAGAAGUUAACACUUCAGCAAUUACUGGAGUUGCUAAUGAGCAGAUAGGAUCUCACUGGGAUUGGGAUGACGACGAUAGAGGUGUGGCCAUGGAUAUUCAAGCUCUGUUAUCUGAGUUUGGUGACUUUGGGGACUUCUUCGAAACUGAUGCUUUGCCUUUUGGAGAGCCCCCAGGAACUGCAGAGUCCCAGACUCUUAUGUUUUCUGGUUCAGAUUUGGUAGUCGGCAGCAGUCCUGUUGGCGUGAUGGAUGUUUCAGAACAUAUGCUUUUGCCCGUUGGUUUUCCAUCUUUAGAGAGCUUUAAUCCUCCAGCGGUGUCAGAAGAAUUUGUCAGCAAAAGUCAAGAGAUUACCCUGCCAUCUGGGCCAAUUGUUGAGACUCCGGCAUCUAAUAUUGGCGAGUUUGAUCAUAUCAUCAAAGUUGAAGCCUUGAUGACAUUUGCUCAAGAAUAUGGAGCAGUUGAGGCACCUACUAGUGACUUCUCUUCGUCAAUUUUCAAAAACCCAUAUGUGCCAAAAUCUUGUAAUGUGGAGAGUGCAAAUUCUAGCACUAAUAAUUAUAAGUAUGGUGCUACACCUCCAUCUUCUCCUUGUCUGGAUGGAUCAGAUGAGAAGAAUGGUGUGGCUUUGACCUCAAAAACGUAUCAGGGGAAUGAUGCUCGGUUAAGGAAUUAUUACACUCAUGUGGAGGCUGGUAAAGUAAAAGAUGGGACGCUGUCUAAAUGUAACGAUAGUAGUGCUAUUUCUAUGGAGGCUGCUCCAUCUUCAGUUUCAUUCUCUAAUGUAGGUCCUGCAAAUGUUGUAAAGCCUGUCCAGAAGAAAGUGAUCGAAGGUACCAUGGAGCAUUUAAUUCUUUCUAUGAAGACUGUGCUUGCAACAGAAGUGGAGUGUCUUGCAUUCCAAGCUUCCAUGUGCAAGAUACGUCAUACAUUAUUAUCUUCCAGUGCCCAAGCGCCAGUAACUUCAAGCAGGUUAAGUGGGAGUGCUAUUUUAAAUCAUCUGCCUGGUGAGCAAAGCACAAUGACAGAUAACAUAUCUAGCAUGUUUGAGGUGAAGAAGAAAGAAUCUAUACCUGUCAGAAUAGCUGGUGAUGUUGAUGGAGGACUAUUAGAUGGACACCUCAAUGCUCCUAUACGUGUUUGGCGCACUGUUGGAGUUCCUAAAGUUCCAAAACCUUCUAGUUCGCCUGGAAUUGAAGUAUGUCCAUCCCCACUUAACUCAUUUAGUGAGGAAGGUGGGCUUUCUUAUGGGCAAAGGCAACCACUUCAGGAGCUUCUAGAUGGAAUGCAAUUUCUUGUCCAGCAAGCUACGUCCUUUGUUGAUGUGACUUUGGAUGCAGACUGUGGUGAUGGCCCUUAUGGUUGGCUAGCAUUGGAAGAGCAAUGGCGGCGUGGAUUUUCUUGUGGCCCUUCUAUGGUUCACGCAGGUUGUGGAGGGACUUUAGCCUCCUGUCAUUCCCUGGAUAUUGCUGGUGUGGAGUUAGUAGAUCCACUUUCUGCAGAUGUCCAAGUGGCAUCUGUGAUUAGCUUGCUACAGUCAGACGUAAAGUCAGCCUUAAAAGCUGCAUUUGGCAAUUUGGAUGGUCCUUUAUCCGUCACUGAGUGGUGCAAGGGACGCAACCAGCUAGGUGAUGUUGGAAACAUGGCAGAUGGAUUUUCUGCAGAGUCUAGUGUAGGUGAGUGUAGAGAUCCUUCAAGUACUACGACAUUUUCAGGUGGAGAAGCAUCAAGCCCAUCGCAAUCCACUGCAGUUGGCUCAUCCAAUAUAAGAGUGACUAGUGGCCUGGAUGGAUCUAAACUGGAUGACUCGUGCCAAAGGAGAUUAAACCAAGAUAACAGUUCAGAGUCUGGACAGCAGUUCUCCUCCCGGCUAAGGCCCACACUAUAUGUCCUUCCUUUACCUGCGAUACUUGUUGGGUAUCAGGAUGAUUGGCUUAAGACAUCUGCUGGCUCUCUACAACUUUGGGAGAAGGCUCCUCUUGAACCUUACGCACUCCCAAAACCUGUCAGUUUCUAUGUUCUAUGCCCUAAUAUUGAUCCCUUAACUUCUGCUGCUACUGAUUUUUUCCAACAACUUGGUACUGUUUAUGAGACUUGCAAACUGGGGACUCAUCUACCCCAGACUGUGGGAAACCAAAUGGAGAUUGAUUCUGGAAAAGCAUCGAGUCCUGGUUUUGUCUUUUUGGAUUGCCCUCAGUCAAUGAAGAUGGUCAGCAGUAACGCAUCUCUUGUGGGAUCAAUGAGUGAUUUCUUUCUGUCCCUUUCCAAUGGCUGGGACUUGACAAGCUAUCUCAAGUCUCUGUCAAAAGCUCUCAAAGGAUUGAAAUAUGCUCCAUGUUCAACUACAAACCCUAAAGAAGGAAAUAGCGGUUCUUGUUUGGUGAUCUAUGUGGUUUGCCCCUUCCCCGAGCCAAAUGCUGUUCUGAAAACGGUGGUUGAGUCUUCUGUCUCAAUGGGAUCGGUCAUUCUCCCACCAGAGAGACGUGUGACAUUGAACAAUCAGGUUGGAAAGGCAAUGAGCUGCUCGGCAGCUGUGGAUGAAGCAUCAACAACAAAUAUCUUGGUGCUUUCAGGAUUUAGUAUUUCAAAAAUAGUGCUGCACAUUGUGACAGUUGAUGCCAUAUUUAGGGUAACGAGUCCAACUCUCAGUGAGCUUACCAUCCUUAAGGAGACUGCUUUUACUGUCUAUAACAAGGCUCGGCGGAUUUCACGAGGGUCCAGUGAUGUUCAGUCCUCAUCACUAUCAGGUAGAUCCCAGUUGGCCAUGACCCAAAUGACCUCUCCCAUUUCUUCUAUGUGGAAAGAGUGUGUUGGUCCUCGAAUUUCAGGGCCAUCCCUUACCAGAGAGGGUGAAAUGGAUGCCAGUUUGAGGACUGCUGCGUGGGAUAAUUCAUGGCAAACGAGGACUGGAGGACUAAGUGGCGAUACUAGUAGAGCUGGGGAUUUUCUCUCACAAGAGGAAGCACGUUGUAUGUUUGAACCUCUUUUUAUAUUGGCUGAACCUGGUUCUCUAGAACAUGGUGUUUCGCCCACAUUUUCUGCUAGUUUAGUUAACGAAACGUCAAAAGGACAAUCAGAUGAUAGUGGUGGGGGCUUCAUGCAAAGUGCAAACUCAGUGGGAAGUGCAGAUUCUGCAUCUAGCUCACAAGUCGACGGAUCUGAGUCAGACAGCUAUGGGUCUGGCCAUAAAAAAUUACCAACCAUACAUUGUUGCUAUGGAUGGACAGAGGAUUGGCGUUGGUUGGUAUGCAUAUGGACAGAUGCUCGGGGGGAAUUACUUGACAGCCAUAUAUUUCCCUUUGGUGGAAUUAGUAGUCGGCAGGACACAAAGGGGUUGCAGUGUCUAUUUGCACAAGUUCUACACCAAGGCUGUCAAAUACUUCAGAUCUGUUCAGAUAAUGCUGCUGUCAAGCCCAGAGAUUUUGUGAUUACCCGGAUCGGAAGUUUCUAUGAACUUGAAUACCUAGAGUGGCAAAAAGCCAUUUAUUCAGUUGGAGGAGCUGAGAUGAAGAGUUGGACGCUGCAACUACGGCGAUCAAUGACUGAGGGGAUGUCUGUGGGAGCGAAUGGGGCUUCCUUGCAACAACAGGAGAUGAAUUUGAUUCAAGAGAGACCCCUGCCUUCCUCACCCAGUCCGUUGUACAGUCCUCACUCAAAAUCCUCAGGCUAUAUGAAGGGUGGGUUAGGACCUUCAACUGCUAGAAAGCAGGUCAUGGGUGGACAUGCAGGGGUUGAAAGCCCAAGGGGUCUGCUUCAGUGGGUGCAGACCAUCAGCUUUGUUACUGUUUCUGUUGACCAUUCCUUGAAUCUGGUUUUUCCUGUGGAUGUACCAUCUCCCGGAGGAGCUCAAAAUGGGAGCUCUAUGGGUCCAUCCAGUUAUCUGGAAGGUUUUACACCUGUGAAGUCUCUUGGUUCUACAUCUGCAUCUUUCCUGCUAAUCCCAUCACCCAGCAUGCGCUUCCUCCCUCCGACACCUCUUCAGCUUCCUACAUGCCUAACUGCUGAGUCUCCGCCACUGGCCCACCUCCUUCACAGCAAGGGUGCGGCGCUCCCUCUUUCUACCGCCUUUGUGGCCUCAAAAGCUGUUCCUACCACAAGGAAAGAUUUCAGGGGCAACCUAAAGGAAGAAUGGCCUAGCGUUCUGUCGGUUGGGCUCAUUGAUUAUUAUGGAGGCAAUAAUGUUAACCAAGACAAAGUCAGCCGUGGCAUCGCGAAGCAGGGGGGAAGAGCUUUGAACUCAGAAGCUAAGGAUCUUGAGGUCGAGAUGCAUUUAGUUCUCGAGUCUAUUGCGGCAGAGCUUCAGGCCCUGUCAUGGAUGACGGUGAGUCCUGCAUACAUAGAACGAAGAACCGCAUUGCCUUUUCACUGUGACAUGGUUUUAAGAUUGAGAAGGCUUCUUCAUUUUGCCGAGAAGGAGCUAUCUCGACAACCAGAAAAAUUAUAGGGUGCAGUUGGAGAAAGAAGACAUUUGAUUUCACUUUCUUACUAACAUAUUUGGAGGAUUGUCACACCGGUAGGAUCUCUAAUGGGUCAGGUCAGUGUAUAGUGUAGAGUAGAUAGUGGAAAUCCGAUUGUACAUGUAGGGUCGCAACUCUUCUGUAGACAUCUUCUUCCGUCAGUUUUACCUUCCCCUAGUAAAUGUAUCUCGGGUAAUCGCAAGGUGGGAUCGGCGGGUGUAGUUUUGACUGAAGUUGCAGAAAUUCUGUAAUCUUUUAGGACAGCUCAUCUAACUCAAGCCUGUAUAAUUGACAGUUCUGUUUGAUAAAGUGGCCUGGACAUUUUGUCCAUUGUUACUC